CCUACUCGUUUAUGUCACGGAUGAAGAUUAUUCUGCACUGCUCGCUGCUGCUUACAAGCUUUGAGCUUAGGUUGCACGGUCGCCUCGCCGAGAAUCUCAGACAACACCGCGCUAGCAAUAAGGCGCCAUUACGGAGCCCCGAGGAUCCGGAGUUCGCGCAGGCUCAAAAUGAGACGCGAAGGGUCGCUGUGUCACUAUGGGUGCGGUCCAGAUCCGGCUUUAAGCACGAGUCAGCGCGUUCUUUUCCCGCAUAACGCUCCUUGCCAGUAUUUGGAAACAAGAUGGCGACGGAGAAAGUGCUGAAAUAGAGUAAGGAUAGUACCGUAACAGUCGGAGGUAGAUGUAUGUUCUAUCGAACAGGUGACCUUCCUAUGAGGUGGCGGCAAUAAUGCGUAACCUUGGCUUUGGCGGUACAACUAGACACCAUGGGACAUCGUCCGCAAGUACCGUCCGAACAGGCCCCCAAAAAAUUUCAGGCCGAUGCGGCAGGAGUGUUCAGCGGCCUAGGUAAUUCAUCGCGGGUUGAAUUGCAUUGAGGGAUACGGUAUGACUUACAUUUGUACUGUCUAGACCUGGCUUCAGAAUGCUCCCGUUACUCAAAUGCUUCCGGUCUGCUGUAUUCGCGAACUGUAACUUGUCCGGGCAGUCAUGAGCUGAGUCAGGCGAGCCUAGGCCAGGAUCAACAAUCAGAACGACAGUUGGAUGUGGUGCGCAGCGCACAGUCUAGCAGCUUGGGAGUCGGGACUGCAAACAUGAGCCAAUCCGUGACCCGUGACGCCGCAUGCGAUGUGCCUGAUAGACGGCUCUUUAAGCUAGUCAGGAAACGUAUCCUUCAACGC